AUGGGUUGGCGUCGAUUGCUGCUUUUUUCUUCCCUCUGCCAUUCCUUAUCCGUGGGGGCUUUCGGGACCCCCGUGGUCUCGACAGAUACCGGGAGUUUGGGGGCAGGCAGCCAGGAGGUGUGGGGACACAUCUUCUGCGACCCCGCGCAAACACCAGGCCUCACAAUUGCCCUAAACGGGAUUCAGCUUGGAAAUGCAACCUUUCUGCCGGCGUUCCCCCGCGGAGGAGCCCCUAGGAAGAGCUCGGGUGUUGACGGUUCUCCCUUGGGGUCGCUUGGUCCCUCAGCCGAGUUUCGGAUCCCGCCUUUGCUGCCUGGGUCGUAUCUUCUGGAGGUGCUGCACCCGGGGCUGACCUUCCCCAAAUACCGGAUCGUCACGACAAGCACGGGCGGUAGUGAAGUGUAUAUGCUGAAUGAGUAUUUGGUGCCUGCUACUUUGGCUUCCCUGCCGGUGCCCUUUAAGGUGGGGCCCACGGGUGUUCCUCGGUACUUCCCGGUGCAGGGAGGUUUCAGCAUAUUGGACUUGCUGAGGCAACCCCUCGUCAUUUUGGUCAUGGUGUCCCUCGGUAUAAUGUAUUUCCUUCGAAAGAUGCAAGAAGCGCAGACGGAGGCGGAAAACCAACAACUCGAGCAGGAGCCACAUGAACAGCACGCCGUGGACAACAUGCAGCACGAGCCCCCAGAGUCUGCCUUCGUGCAAAAGCUACUGAGACAAAGCGGCUGUUAG